AUGGCGGGAGGAAUAGUGUUGGGAGACACGACGUACACGAAGGUGUUUGUGGGAGGAUUGGCUUGGGAAACGCACAAGGAGACGAUGAAGAAGCACUUUGAGCAGUUUGGGGAGAUUUUGGAAGCUGUAGUCAUCACCGACAAGGCCUCCGGCAGAUCCAAGGGCUAUGGAUUCGUGACAUUCAAGGAGGCAGAGGCGGCGAGGAAGGCUUGUGUGGACGCUACUCCAGUGAUCGACGGGAGAAGAGCAAAUUGCAACCUUGCCUCUCUCGGUCUUCAAAGAUCUAAACCCUCCACUCCUAACCAUGGAGGAGGAGUAGGAGGAGGGAGGAUUAACAAUAUGAGAGUGAUGAUGAGCACAAUGCAGACUGGUUUUGGACCACCUCAUCCACCACCCACUUUCCCUCACUAUCCCCACCUCCCUCUCAAUCUCUUUGGGUACUCUCCAUACUCGUCAGAUUACUCUCCAUUCCCUACGAGCAUAUACGGCGUGUACGGCUGCAAUUCAGGGGCACAAUACGGAGUAUAUGGAAACGGAAACGGUGGAGGCCGUGGACUAACCGCAGCAGCCGCAUCCGCCGCUCCUUUUUAUCCAUGUGGUGGUGGUGGAAGCAACGGACCUGGUGGAGUCCACUUCUCUCAGCCACAACCAUACUAUCAUCACUUUUCUUCUUAUAACAACCAUCAUCACUACUCUCCUCCAACCAUUUCUCUUCAACAAGGCGUAACCGGUCUUCCGUUUCAGCCACCUCUCAUUCCUUACCGUUAA